AUGCCUCAAGCCAAGUGUAGCGCUUGUGGUCGCUAUAUCUCGCAGGCAGAUGGCGUUAGUUGUUCUACCUGUCCUCUUUCAUACCAUCAAUCAUGCUUAGGUAAGGGGAAAGACAGCAGAAUUGGCAGGGACUGGUCUUGCCCGGAAUGCACUAAAAAUAAACCAAGGAAAAAUGGUUCCGAUACGCCAGUUAAAGGUGAUACGGAACCACGAACCGCUAAACAGUCUUCAAACAGUCUGGAGCAGUCCGGGUUCGAUCUGGCACAUGAAGUUCGUCUAUUUCGGGAAGAAUUGCACGCGUUGAGGGACGAAGUGAAAAUGAUGCGUGAGGAUAUGAGGGAGAUGCGUGUCACUAUGUCGUUGAAUAAUUCGCGCCUCGAUUCGAUAGAAGAGAGGGUCGGGGCAUUGGAGCAAAGUGUUACUCAGAAAACUGGCGGCGCAGCUCGUUUUGAAAAUAUCAUAGCCCAACUACGACUCGAACUUGACCAAAAGGAGCAAGAGAUGCUAGUCAAUGACAUAGAAAUUACGAAUCUACCCGAGAUGCAAGCUGAGAAUCCGACUCAUCUUGUCACUAUAAUUGGCACUAAGUUAGGAAUGACACUAGACGAACGAGACAUCGUAAGUGCGGAGCGGGUGGGGCCUAGAUAUCCACGCGGCGCCUACGCGUCGACUGAGAGCGGGGAUACUGCAGCGCGUGGUGGGAGACCGCGACCGUUGGUAGUGCGGUUCGCUCGCCGGGCUCAUCGUGAUGACAUGCUGCGAAAUAUGCGAGUGCGACGAGGUGCUAACGCGGCGGACUUUGGUAUGCCGGGUGACGCACGCCCGUUUUACAUAAAUGAACGUCUCACAAAGACGAAUAGACAGUUGCUACAUAAGGUACGCGAAGCGCGCAAGCGCUUACAAUGGAAAUUCUUAUGGGUAAAACGUGGCCGAAUAUUUGUUAAGCAGGACGAAGGCAAAAUGUCUUAUCAUAUACAAACAGAAAAUGACAUAACGCGUGUUUUUGGGUCGGACACCGUUACUUUGCCAUAA